AUGGAUGUGGAAAUGGGUGCUAUAGAGCUUACAAGGACAUUUUAUGUUGUUUCAUUGCCACCGGAUGGCUCGAUAGAGAGGUAUAAAGCACAUCUUGUUACGAAAGUCUAUACACAACAGGAAGGUGUACACUAUGUUGAUACAUUCUCACAUGUUGGUAAACUUGCUAGUGUUAAGCUUGUCUUAGGGUUAGCUGCCAAGAAGGGUUGGAGCUUAACUCAGAUGGAUGUUAAUAAUGCAUUUCUGCAUAGUGACUUAGAAGAAGAGAUCUACAUGAUUUUGCCUCAAGGUUAUACACCGACUUCCGGAGUUUUACCACCAAAUCCGGCCUGUAAGCUUCACAAAUCGAUUUAUGGUUUGAACCAGGCAUCACGACAAUGGUAUAAAUGUUUAUCUCAAGUGCUUCUUGAUGAGGAUUUCGAACAAUCUCCUGCUGAUAACACAUUGUUUGUAAAAGAAACAAGCACCUCUUAUACAACAAUAUUGGUUUAUGUUGAUGACAUACUGAUUGUUAGCAACAAUGAUGAAGCAGUUGCGAGCGUGGAGGUUGCUAGACAUUCAGAAGACAUCUUUGUUUGUCAAAGGAAGUAUUGCUUGGAUCUACUGGCUGACUUUGGUUUACUUGGUUGCAAACCAAAAUCUACUCCUAUGGAUUACAAGAAGAGUUUGACUAAAGAUUCAGGUACGUUACUCUCCGAUGGCAAACCUUACAGGAAAAUUAUUGGCCGUUUGUUGUAUUUGUGUAUUAUGCGACCAAAUAUCACCUUUGUUGUGAAUCAUUUGAGCCAAUACUUGUCAUGCCCAACCGACUUGCACUAUAAAGCAGCUCUACGUAUACUGAAGUACCUGAAGGACAACCAUGUUCAAGGAUUGUUUUACUCUGCUCAUACUGAUAUUUGUUUUAAUGGCUUCUCUAAUGCUGACUGGAGAACGUGCUUGGAGAGUAGACGAUCUAUUAAUGGUAUGUGCAUCUUUCUUGGUACUUCAGUGAUCAUAUGGAAGUCAAAGAAACAAGAUGUGGUGAGCAGUAGUAGCACGGAAGCAUGGUCGUCACCACAAGGGAGCUGCUUUGGCUGA